AACCCCGAGCCGCGCUCCUCUGUCCCUGCUCCUCAAUGAUAGACAAGCUCAGACCCGUGCACCCGACGGCAGACAUGGCGCUCAGCAAGUCGGUGGCCUGGCUCAACGAGCAGCUGCAGCUGGCCAACGAGUGCCUCCUGCUUAUGGACUGCAGACCCCAAGAGCUGUACGAGUCGUCCCACAUCGAGGCGGCCAUCAAUGUCGCCAUCCCGGGUAUCAUGCUGCGCCGCCUGAAGAAGGGCAACCUGCCCAUCCGAUCGCUGUUCACCAGGGGAGAGGAUCGGGACACGUUCGCCCGCAGGUGCGGAUCCGAUGCGGUCAUCCUGUACGAUGAGAGCAGCAGCGAGUGGAACGAGAACACGGGCGGGGAGUCGGUGCUGGGGCUGCUCAUGAAGAGGCUGAAAGACGAGGGCUGCAAGGCUUACUACCUGGAAGGUGGCUUUAACAAAUUCCAGGCCGAGUAUCCUGUGCAUUGUGAAACCAAUCUGGACAGUUCUUGCAGCAGCAGUUCUCCGCCGGUGUUAGGCUUGGGAGGCCUACGAAUCAGCUCCGAUUCUUCAUCAGAUAUCGAAUCUGACAUCGACAGGGACCCCACCAGUGCUACAGACUCUGACGGCAGCCCCCUGUCUAACACGCAACCUUCAUUCCCAGUUGAAAUACUGCCCUAUUUAUACCUCGGCUGUGCCAAAGAUUCUACCAAUCUGGAUGUUUUAGAAGAGUUUGGUAUUAAGUACAUCCUCAACGUGACCCCAAACCUGCCUAACCUUUUUGAGAAUGCAGGGGAGUUCAGGUACAAGCAGAUACCGAUAUCGGACCACUGGAGCCAAAAUCUGUCACAGUUUUUCCCUGAAGCCAUCUCUUUUAUCGAUGAAGCCAGAGGAAAAAGUUGUGGUGUCCUGGUACACUGCCUUGCAGGAAUCAGCAGGUCGGUCACCGUCACAGUGGCCUAUCUCAUGCAAAAGCUAAACCUUUCCAUGAAUGAUGCCUAUGACAUAGUGAAGAUGAAGAAGUCCAACAUUUCCCCCAACUUUAACUUCAUGGGUCAGCUGUUGGAUUUUGAAAGGACAUUGGGACUUACCAGCCCAUGUGACAAUCGCGUGCCCCCUCAACAAUUGUAUUUCUCAACUCCAGGCAAUCAAAAUGUCUUUAAAGUAGAUUCUCUGCAAUCUACGUGAGACUGAACCAUUGAAAUGUGUUGGUGAUAAUCAUUCCUAUACAGAAAAGUUUCUUUCAGUCUGUCAAGUGUUUGACAGGUGUGUUACCGAGUUAGAAGGUAAUAACCUGUGAAUCAAAAGAUUAUUAAAGUGGGAAGAGUUGGCUGGUUGAAGUCUUCGGAUUAUGAAAAGAGGAAUCUUGGGCCUCAGAAUGAAUUGGCAAGCUUACACGAGAGUACUGCCUUAAUAAUGCAGUGGCUUGAGAUCCAAACAAGUAGUGUUGGACUGCAAACAAUCCAUAUGUUUUGGAUGAACAAUUAUAUAUUUUGCAUAUAUAUAUCCUUGUCUUCUGUGAAGACCGGUUCUCCUAAAAUUCAAAGGAGCCAAAGAAAGCAUUUAACCUUCUGAUGAAUAUGAAGUACUUGGAUUUUUGUUUGUCUUUGUUUUUUCAAUUUACAGAGUUCUGUAAAUAGUCACUUUUUAUAUGUAGCACUGUCAAUAUUUUUGAAUUUGAAAAGUAAAUGAGGUGGACUGGACUUUACAUAAAAGGGUUUUCAGAAAGUGUAGCAGAGUUGAAUGAUGAAAAGCACUGCAAUACAUGUCACUAU